ACUACCAGGCUGAAAAAGAUCUACAUUAAUAAACAGGCUGGAUUAUGAAACCCAGUGUGCGCACAGAGACACAACCACAGUGUGAACAAAUGAUGCAAGAGGCGUCGUCAGCGGCACCGUUUCAGACAUCUGCAACUCUUCAGCAUCAGUGGGGCGGAACCAGCUCUGCUAUUGGUCAGAAGGAGAACAGAUCCCCACCCUGGGGACUGACACCACACCCAGGGCCCUGUGUGCGCGUUUGACUUGUGUGUAUUGUCCAGCAUACGCUCAGUUGUGUUUCUUCAUCUUGUUGUUGGUGAAUGAACCUCUGCCUGUAGAUUCUCAGAACUGGUUGACAUCAGCAUGAGCCGUUACAUAACUCCGCGCCCUGGUGUUUCAAUGACGACUGGGACUCCUCCUCCAUACUCAGAGCUUGUGACCAAGAUUGGGUCAAGGGGCAGCCACAUGGACCAUGCAGAUUUAGCAGCCUUAGUUGGAGGGAUUGUCAGUGCAGUGCUGCUGGUCCUCCUCUGCAUCAUAGCUGUGCUGAUGUGGUGCAUGACCAGACAGAAAGGUACAUACGUCACCAAUGAGAUGGACGACGACGACAAUGAUGUCGACAACCAUGACGAUGAGUCUGUCGGUUCUAAUGCGGCCCUGCAAAUCAAGGAACCACUGAAGAGCAAAGAUGAGGAAUGAAGGAAAACAACAGCAACGAAUGUAAAUGUACAGUAGAUGUGCAGUCGGGAGCUUUGUAGAUUUGUUACAGUGAAACUGAAAAUCUUCCAGGGUUGUUAUUUUCCAAACAUGACCCGCUUCUUAAAGCUGCACAGAGCAACUUUGCACACCGGCACAGAGGUGAAUAAGACGUCUCAACUUAAUGUGGACAAGCUAAGAUUUCACAACACUUUACUUGUCUCACAGUGGCCUCCCAGAAUCAGGCUCAGUGUAGUUUAAAAUAACUACAAACACUUAGGAGUAACAGCCUUAAAUUGAAGUUUUCUGGCAUGUCCCUUUAAAUAUGCAGUCAUAAAUCUCUGUUUCUUUGCUGCACCUGCUGACGCAGACGCUGCUGGUGUUUAAACUUUCACUGUGACUCCUACACCAGAUAUAUUAGAUUUUUACAGCAUAUUAAACUUUCUGCCAAAGAGGCUGCAAGGCCAAGCUAACCAACCUACCAGAGUGGCAUCUUAAAUGUGUUGACAUAUUUUAAUACCACACUGUUGAGAAGAAAUCAUGUCUGUAAACAUCUGGAUGAGAGAGUUUAUGAGCAGAGCCUGAAAUUCACUUAGAAAGUAUAGAGUGAAAGUGCUUUUAGACGAAACAGAGAAAGAAACAGUAGCUGCAAUAACUGUUUUCUAUAGUUUAACAAGUGUGGAAGAAGAAUACAUCUUUGAUUAUACAUUUAACGAUUAAAAUGCGUCGAGUAGUUUUACUUAUAUACACAUACUUUUACUCUAAGAAUAAAGUUUACGCUUUU